UUUCCAGCAUCUUGGUUAAAAACCUGUCCCCGUGCCAAUCCCAAUGAGGAUAAAUGUUUUCGCAAACUUUUCGAAGGAUGUUUUCCAGCUUUGGCUGCGGGUAUACCAGAAAUUGGAGUCAAUGGCUUUGAACCUUUACACAUAGAUCAGGUUUCAGUACAAAAGGGUAGUGGUAAUUUAAUUUUAGCCGGAGGUUUUCAAAAUCUAGUCAUAAGAGGUCCCUCAAAUGCCACUGUAAAGAGAGCUGUUUUAGAUUUGGAAAAGAAGCUGCUGAAUUUUGAAUUGGAAAUUCCCUUGCUACGCAUACGAGCCAAAUAUAAUUUAAAUGGUCAUAUAUUGGUAUUGCCACUGUUGGGAAAUGGCGAUGUACGUUUGGCCCUGAAAGAUGUCAAGACAUCGGUUUAUACCAAAAUUAGUUUAAAGAAUUCACCAGAGGAAGUUAUCAACAUUGAUGACAUGAAAGUUACCUUUAAUGUUGGCUCCAUGCGCAUUCAUUUGAAUAAUCUCUUCAAUGGCAAUGAAAUUCUAGCUGCCUCCAUUAAUUCGUUCCUUAAUCAAAAUGGCAAUGAGGUUAUUGCCGAAUUAAGACCAGAUCUGGAAAAGGGUCUCGCCGAUAUCUUCCAUGGGCUUUGGAAUAAUGUGUUUUCAAAAAUGCCACUGAAAUUGUGGUUAGUGUGAUAAUUAUUUCCAAUCUUAUCUUUUGUUUCAUUGUUUUUAUAUUUUUUAUCUAUUUUUAAAUUGUAUUUAUUAUAUGCUUAUUAGUAUAGG